CUUAUUAUCUCAAAAAAAAAAGAAAGAAAACUUUUCCCCAUUGGCCGCGACGACGAAACGCGACAGGGACCUGCGCCGCGCCGCUGCGUCCCGCCGCUCACCGCCGACGCCGCGCGCCGCCCCCACUACAGCCUCUCCAUCCGGCCGGAGCCGCCGCGGGCGCUCCGCCUCCCGCCUUCCACCGUCCACGCUAGGUGCGCGCGCCUCAUCACGUCAGGCCGGAUUGGGCCGCUUGGCCAGGCAGCGGCCGGUCGAGCGUCCUACCCCUACUCCCUAGCCCCCACCCGCUCACCCGUCGCCGGCGGCGCCUCCGACCACCGUAGGGGCUCCGUGCCGCCGCCUCCCAGGGGGAGUCAUGGCGAGGUUGAUGUCGUCCGCCCUCAUCAGGGGUCUCGUGAGAUCGAGCCGCGCGCCGAGCGUAGCUGCUGUUGUGUCACAACCAGCUAUCCAGCACUUUAGGAACUACUCAUCAGGACUUGGUGGCGAUUCUAGUGCAAGUGGGGAGUCAAGUUCAACACGAGUAGCUACUGACCCUGAUACACAUCAAGAUUUCCAGCCUACAAGCAAAAGUCCCAACAUGUCUUUUGAUGACAUUGUUGCUCAGGAUAUCAAGGAGAAUCCAGUCUUGAUCUACAUGAAGGGUUAUCCUGACGCUCCUAGGUGUGGUUUCAGUGCAUUGGCAGUUAAAGUCCUCAAGCUAUAUGAUGUCCCAAUCAGUGCUAGAGAUAUUUUGGGAGACCUCAAGCUCAAAGAGAGUGUCAAAGCCCACACCAACUGGCCUACAUUUCCACAAAUAUUUAUCAAAGGAGAGUUUGUUGGGGGAUCUGAUAUCAUAUUAGAUAUGCAUCAGAAGGGUCAGCUUAAGGAUGUGCUUGGCGAUAUUGCACAAAAGCGUGAGGAGAAAUAAUCAUCGUGAAGAAGAUAUACUACGGCAUUUUUGUCAUGUGAGCUUUAGCAUUAGUAUGAGAGCUGGAUGGCUCCUUUCUGAUUUUCCGUUUCCGUUUCACAGCCAAUAUUUUUUCAGUGAUCACCGCAUAGUUUUUUUUUGUGCAGAACUGAGUAUGGAUUUGCUUUUUCCAGUUGUUUGGUCUUCUCAUGUAAGGAUGGUGGAACCCUUUGUUCGUUAUAAAUAAAUGCCACUCUGCUACGCCGUUAAGUAAAUGCCGCUGUUUCUUUUUGGGACUGGGGCUGAUUGUACGGUAUAUUUACAAACGAAAAAUAAUUUAUAAAUUAA